CUACAGUCAUUUGAGGUCAUAAAAUAACCAGCCAACCAUAGUCAAAUACUUUUCUCCGCUUAAAUUAUAAAGUGAAGAGAUUUUCCCCAAUGUCUCUCCAGUUCUCCUGCUAAAACUGUUCAGGAGUUGUAGCGCGGCCUCUACUGUCUGGUGAUGACUGAGCCUUUGUUGAAUGAGGAACCCUCAAGUGAGAAGCGCACGAAGGCACGGACUCAUCUCUCGCGAGGAACGACGCCGUUAUCGGAAUCUCUACAAACAACACGAGAAUUCGUCAUUCACACGCACUGAGCUAUGUCUGAACAAGAAUUGGAUGAAAUUGUGCAAAUAACAGUGGAGGAGUUUGACCACGAGGGCCGUUCUGACAUGCUGGACAAUCAUGAAGAUGACGAAGAAAAACCACAGAAGAAAAAGAGGAAAUUAAGCAACAACCAGGAGAAUAACAACAGUAACCAAGACCUAUCUUUUAUCAAGAACCUCUUGGUUUCAUUCACUGGAUCAAUCAGCCAACGCCUGGAAGCAAUUGAGUCAAAGCUGCAGUCCUUAGAUGCUACAUGCAAAGCCCUUGGACGCAAACUUGAAGCCAUGGUACCAUGUGCUAAGAGUCCUAUCCAGGUUCCUAUGGUUGCAGGAUCACCACAGGGUGCCACUCAAACUUGGAACAAAGUGCGAUGUGUUGUCCCACAAACAAAUGUAAUAGUGAACAGGGAACACCAAAAGAGCUCAAGCCAGGAAGACACUCCACUGGAGAAUCUGCUUAGCAACACAGUGACGAGAAAGCGUCAGAACACAAUCCUGGUGAAGGUGCCGGGUCCUGAAGAGAGUCAGGAGGAACAGGAAAGUGGCUCGGAGGCCAGUGAUACUGUUUCUAAUGGUGGUCAGUCAAGUGGUGUUCAAAAUGGCCCAAAUAUCACACUCAUCACACUCAAUUCAGAAGAUGAUUAUCCAGGCGGUACCUGGUUGGGAGACGAGAACAACGCAGAGAUGCGAGUUCGCUGUCCAGUGUCUCCUGCUGAUAUGCUUCAUAUCAGCACAAACUGCCGCACUGCAGAGAAAAUGGCACUGACACUGUUGGACUACCUGUUUCACAGAGAGGUUCAGGCCAUGUCAAAUCUCUCUGGGCAGGGCAAACAUGGAAAGAAGCAACUAGACCCGCUCAUGAUCUAUGGUAUUCGCUGUCACUUAUUCCAUAAGUUUGGCAUCUCUGAGUCGGACUGGUACCGGAUCAAACAAAGCAUUGAUUCAAAGUGUCGGACUGCCUGGAGACGUAAGCAGCGUGGCCAGAGUCUGGCAGUCAAGAGCUUCUCCAAACGAGCACCACGCAGUACAUCUGCAGAGGAAAACAUUACAGAUGAGGCGGCCCACAUUGAGACUGCUACCCAGCAGACCUUGCACUACGCGCUGGCCAAUCAGCAGGUCCAGUUCCACCGCAUUGGUGAAGACGGCCAAGUUCAGGUGAUUCCACAGGGUCAGUUGCACAUUGCCCAGGUACCACAAGGAGAAGAGGUGCAGAUCACACAGGACAGUGAGGGGAACCUCCAAAUUCACCAGGUGCAUGUUAGUCAGGAUGGACAGGUGCUACGUGGAGCUCAGCUGAUAGCUGUUGCAUCAGCUGACGGAGGAGCAACGACAGUGGAGGGCUCCUCUCUCCCACCUGAUAUCCAAGUGCAGUACGUCCAACUAGCUCCAGUUGCAGAUCACGCAGCAGCCGUUCAGGCUGCUGAAUUAGCCCCAGCCCUGCAGGCUGACAUGGAGGUGAAAGAAGCCAUCCGAGGUGCCAUCCAUGGAGAAAAUGGCGAGGUUGUCCAAAUCGUCACCUCUAUGGCCACCUGAGAGCCCACUGGGUCCAUCACAGACCUGAACUCUCUCAUUCAGCCUGGCCUGAUGUGUCUGUUUAACAGUCUGACAAGUGGUCAAGUAGAAAGUCUCUCAAGAACCAUUGAAAGUUACUGAUGAAAUAAAGGGAAGAAGCUUUUUUUUAAGUUUAGUUUCUUUUCUUCCUUGCAAACUUCCCAUUUCAUGGUCAAACAGGUGUCACAAUGUGGAAAAGUUCAGAGAGCUUUAAAAGACCAUGAUACUCCAAAAUCAGCUAUGGUCCGUCUGGUGUUUUCAUUACUAGAGGGGCCUGGCCCACUGCAGAAUAUACAGCAAGCCAUCAGCCCAGCACUUAAUCAGCUCAAAUGCUUGUUCACAUAAGCUUUUUGGAAAAUGGUGGAGAUAUUUAGAGUCAAGCUGUUUGGCAAACUCAGAAAUCCCCAGAAAGGGUUUGCAAAAGCCCAGAAUCCUCACUUCAGACAAAUGGCAUUUUGCUCUUUCUCAUCAUUUCUGGACACAGUGCGCUGCAGUGGAAAGUGGAUUUAGAUAAGGCCAGCUACUUUUGGUUGUAAUCACAGUAAUUAGAGUUCUUGUCACUCAUUGUAAUUCAGUCCAUACUCUGUGUCUUAGCUGUGAACCCCACCCUCUUCUACUUUGUUCAUCUUUUCAUAUUCCCUCAGCCCAGCUGUUUUUAUUUUUAUUAUUAUUAUUAUUCCGUUUCAUGUAUGUAAUUGUGACAUGUUGAAAAUUUUGGGAAGCUGUAAGCUUGGAGGUACAAGACCAUAAAAAAGAGAUGGUGCCAGUGGUAGACAGAAUCAGAUGCUUGUAGACUGCCAGGAAAACCUUGAAGUUGUUUAUUUCCCUCUGUUUUGUCUGUGUGACAGAUCCAUUCAUGUGAAUAAAACAUUUAUGUGGUUGCCAUAAAAGUGUGCAUUUUUUUCUUUUGCCGUCUUUCUGUAUGUCCUAAUUUCCAAACUUGGUCAUCAAUUUGGCUUUAAAGUUUUCUGAGACACAACUUUGUUUUGAUCCACUACAAUAGGACAAUUGCUGAGUCUGAAAUGCUGGUUUUGGUUUGAGGUCUUUGAGGUUACAUGUUGAGCUCAUUUAUUCACUGUUUUUGAAGAAAAUAUGUAUCACAUUAACUUCAGUAACCAUAAUAUUAAGCUACUGUAUUGGUGACAACAAAAUUGAGCUUAUCAGGAUAUAUGUUAAGGCUGCCGUUAAUAUGUUGUCCUCAUUGUUUAAUUUCUUUUAAAUUAAAUUUGUGCCCACUACAUGGUUCAAUCUUUCUUUAAGAAAGACGUGUUGGAGUGAUGCUCCUCUAAUGAUGAAUAUCCUUGCGGCCAGACAGAAGAGAGAUAAGCAAGACACUCUGAGACUGAAUGUGUUGAUUUGAGUACGUUUCCCAUGCUCAGUGUGAUGUAAUAGUAUAUUUUGGAGUGGGAUAAGAACCAGGCGACAUAAUGAACUUGAUAAAACAACAUCCAUGGUCUUGGCUGCUUCCUCUUGUUUCCUUUGAGUCUGUGAUUGCUGUCUCUUCACUCUUAAGCUGCCUUCUCAUCUUGUAUGUUCCACUUACUGCCUUUUCUACAUUUUCCUUCUCUCCCACUGACCUUGUGUUUUCCUCUUUCUCUAUUGGAAACCCUGUUAAAGUCAAUUUACUCCUCUUUAAAAUUAUACACAAAGCCAGGAUAAAAUUUCAUGGGAUAGUCCACUGGGCCCAUCCUUUGCUGUAGCUGAGUUCAAAUGUUGUCACGCUGCCAAUGAUCCUUCCAUUAAAUCUUGGACUUGGAUGGGUUUUAUAACGCUGGGCUCCAUCCAGGAAUGAGAGUGAUAACCAUAGUAACCGGCCCUGUCGCUGGCUGCCUCUAAGAUAACCUGCUGAAAACAGGAGUGAGUGAUGGAGGGAGAGAUGAGAUUGCUUGGAAGCAAAAUGCAUGUUUGGAGAGGAGUGGAUUGACAAGCUGAGACUAGUCAGGGUAUCAUUCCCUUCCUUCUCAUCAGCUCUGCUAACAUCUCAUGCAGCUUACAGGUUCAGGUCUCUUCUGCCUGACCUCAUCUGCAUGCUUUACCUUUAAUGAGGUUUGAGGAGUUCUGUUGGGAUUUGCAAAGACAAGUGAACGUGUUUGUUAGAGGAAAAAUAUCCAAACACAAUUUGUAUCCAAAAUCAUAAAUCAGCAACUGUUAUUGUUAAGGAAAUGGAGCUCUCCAGAGCCAGUAUUUAUAUGUUUCAGGUCAGGAGAUGGAUUCCACCAGUGUAGCACUGUUGCAGUAGACACGUCUCACAAGGA